CUCCAUAAGGAAACAUAUUAUUCAAAUUCAAAAUCACUGAACUAUCCCUUUGAAAUAAUUUAUUGAAUUAUUAAUUCAUGCAAUGAUAUCCUUGUUAACUCUUUUAUGUUGUUUGUUUUUUAAAUGUUCUGUCCAAUCACACGCUGACGUCAGAUACAACAGUUAGUUUUGAUUGUGGAGUCUGAUUGACACUGUCAGCUGACGGUCGCCCCGGGAGACGCCUCCUCUGACAGGAGACGACUCUCGGCUCGGCUCUGACUCAGAGAUGAUUGACAGCUGCCGGCGACGAAUGUGUGAGCGGGUUUGCUGAGGGAGGAGGUUCUGGUGGCAGAGAACGGCAUAUUGUGUGCGAGCUGACGAAGGUUCACACGGUUAAUGUUUGACCUGAACAGUUCAAGGUUCUGGUUCCACAGGUCAGUCGUCUUCAGGAAACUCCUCAGACCAACGUCUCGCUGUGACGGGCGGAACCUUCAUGUGGACUCAGACGGUGGAGGCUCUGCUAUGAGUCACAGUGAGGACAGAGAGGGGGAAGCCCCUCCCUCAGAACCAGGACCUGGACCUGGACCAGAACCAGAACCAGACCUGAGCUCUGUGUCUGUUACGAGGCUCAAGGCAAUUUUUGAAAAUGCAGAUCAACCGCCCGUCUACAAUGACGGACACUUCUCAGACAAUUUAAAUGUUUAUGACAUUUAUGAGACACAAGAAUCUGCAGCGUCCGUGAAUAGCGAUGGCUCCGAGUAUCAACCGACUCUCUACGACGAUGACGGACACUCCUCACACGAUGAGAGUGUUUAUGACAUUUAUGAGACACAAGAAUCUGCAGCGUCCGUGAAUAGCGAUGAAUCAGAGUAUCAACCGACUCCGGAUGACGAUGACCGACACUCCUCACACGAUGAGAGUCUUUAUGAAAUCUAUGACACGACAGAGUCUGUGAAGUGCAACAGAUCCACGUUUCAACCGAACGCCUACAGAAAUGUACACUACUCAGAUGAUGACAGAAUUUAUCAGGAGAUCCCAGAGGUUCUUGAUGGUCACAAUCUACAGAAGAAUCAAACAGAUCUCGACUCUGUUUUUAUGAGGCUUCAGGAGAACAUCUGCCUUUUUAUGAAAAACCAGCUGAAGAGACUCCAGAGGGCUCUGGGUCCAGAUUGCUCGGAAUACACCUACUUAGAGAGCCACUAUGCAGAUGAGGGGAUGAUGUACAAUGUGGAUGACGAACAGAGACGCAGAUGCAGAAAGGCAUUUCUCAAGAUCACGGUGCACUUCCUACGGAGAAUGAACCUGAACGAUCUGGCUAACUCGCUCAAAAACAGAACGAGAGCUGGAGUGUGCCAACGUAAAGUCAAGUCCAAAUUAAAAAAUAUGUGUCAGUGUGCAUUUGAGGGGAGUGCGAGAGCAGGAAAUCCGAUCCUUCUAGAUCAGAUCUACACAGAGAUCCAUAUUACAGAGGGAAGGACUGGAGAGGUCAACGAUGAGCAUGAGGUCAGACAGAUUGAAACAGCUUCCUGGAAACAAGACAGACCAAAAACCGCCAUGAGACUAGAAGACAUCUUCAAAGCCUCACCUGGAAGAGACCAACCAAUCACAAGAGUGAUGACAAAGGGAGUGGCUGGCAUCGGGAAAACAGUCUUAACACAGAAGUUCACUCUGGACUGGGCUGAAGACAAAACCAACCAGGAAGUCCAGUUCCUUUUUCCAUUCACUUUCAGAGAGCUGAAUGUGCUGAAAGAGAAAAGGUUCAGCUUGGUGGAACUCGUCCAUCUCUUCUUUCCUGAGACCAAAGAAGCAGGAAUCUGCAGGUUUGAAGAGUUCCAGGUCGUGUUCAUCUUUGACGGUCUGGACGAGUGUCGACUUCCUCUGGACUUCAACAACACUGAGAUCCUGACUGAUGCUACAGCCUCCACCUCAGUGGACGUGCUGCUGACAAACCUCAUCAGGGGGAAACUGCUGCCGUCUGCUCGCCUCUGGAUAACCACACGACCUGCAGCAGCCAAUCAGAUCCCUCCUGCGUGUGUUGACAUGGUGACAGAGGUCAGAGGCUUCACUGACACACAGAAGGAGGACUACUUCAGGAAGAGGUUCAGAGAUGAUGAGCAGAAAGCCGACAGGAUCAUCUCCCACAUUCAGACUUCACGAAGCCUCCACAUCAUGUGCCACAUCCCAGUCUUCUGCUGGAUCACUGCUAUAGUUCUGGAGAACAUGUUGAAGACCAGAGAGGGAGGAGAGCUGCCCAAGACCCUGACUGAGAUGUACAUCCACUUCCUGGUGGUUCGGUCAAAUCUGAAGAAGGUCAAGUAUCAUGGAAGGUCUAGCAAAGAUCCACACUGGAAUUCAGAAAAGAGAAAGACGAUUAUUUCUCUGGGAAAACUGGCUUUUGAGCAGCUGCAGAAAGGAAACCUGAUCUUCUAUAAAUCAGACCUGACAGAGUGUGGUAUCGAUAUCAGAGCAGCCUCAGUGUACUCAGGAGUGUUCACACAGAUCUUUAAAGAGGAGCAAGGCCUGUACCAGGACAAGGUGUUCUGCUUCAUCCACCUGAGUGUUCAGGAGUUUCUGGCUGCUCUUCAUGUCCAUCAGACCUUCAUCAAGUCUGGACUCAAUCUCAUGUCAGAACGACAGGCAGCAACACGGUUACCAAGAGUCUUUAAAGACAGAUUCAAACUAAAAGAUCUCCAUCAGAGUGUUGUAGACAAGGCCUUGAAGAGUCCAAAUGGACACCUGGACUUGUUCCUCCGAUUCCUCCUGGGUCUCUCCCUGCAGACCAAUCAGACUGUCCUAAGAAGACUGCUGAAACAGACAGGAAGUAACUUAGCAACAAAACAGGAAACAGUUGAAUAUAUUAAUGAAAAGAUCAAAGAAAAUUUGUUUCCGGAGAGAAGCACCAAUCUGUUCCACUGUCUGAAUGAACUGAAGGACCAUUCUGUAACUGAAGAGAUCCAAAAGUCCAUAAUAUCAGGACAUCUCACAGGUAAACUGUCUCCUGCUCAAUGGUCGGCUCUGGUCUUCAUCUUACUCUCAUCAGGAAAAGAUCUGGACGUGUUUGACCUGAAGAAAUACUCUGCUUCAGAGGAGGCUCUUCUGAGGCUGCUGCCGGUGGUCAAAGCCUCCAACAAAGCUCUGCUGAGUGGCUGUAACCUGACAGAGAGAGGUUGUGAAGCUCUGGCCUCAGUCCUCAGCUCCAGUUCCUGCAGACUGACAGAACUGGACCUGAGUAACAACCACCUGCAGGACUCCGGAGUGAAGCUGUUGUGUGCUGGACUGAAGAGUCCACACUGUCAACUGGAAGUUCUCAGUCUGUCAGGUUGUCUGAUCACAGAUGAAAGCUGUACCUCUCUGGCCUCAGCGCUGAGUGCCAACAACUUCCAUAUGAGAGAGCUGGACCUGACCAAAAACCACCUGCAGGAUUCAGGAGUAAAGCUACUGUCUGCAGCGCUGGACGACCCGUACUGGAGACUGGACUGUCUGAAGGUAGACAACAGUGGAGAACAGAUGCUAACUCCUGGUCUGAGGAAAUUUUCCUGUGACCUCACACUCGACCCGAUCACCGCACACAGGAACCUCAGGCUGUCCGACGGCAACAGGAAGGUGGAGCUGGUGAACGAGCAGCAGUCGUAUCCCAACGAGCCCGACAGAUUCGACAUCUUCUGUCAGCUGCUGUGCAGAAAUGGUCUGAGCGGUCGCUGUUACUGGGAGGUGGAGUGGCACGGACAGGUGGAUAUCGCGGUGACUCUCAGAGGAAUCAGAAGGAAAGGCUACAAGAAGGCCUGCAGGUUCGGAGGGAACGACCAGUCCUGGUGUCUGAGCUGCUCCGAUGACUUUUACUCUGUGUGGCACAACAACACAGAGACACUCAUCCCUCUCUCUUCCACCUCCAUCUCUCACAGAGUGGGAGUGUAUGUGGACUGUCCUGCCGGCAUCUUGUCCUUCUACAGAGUGUCCUCCGACUCGCCCGUCCACCUCCACACCUUCAACAUCAAAUUCACUCAUCUUCUCUACCCUGGGUUCAGGGUUUGGUUUGGUUCAGUGUCUCUGUGUUCGGAGUGAGGGGACUCCCACACCACUGACUGAAGAACGUUGUUAUAUUAAUUAUUAGACUGACAACAACAAUAUGGGAAACAACAUGCAGUAAAGACAUUUGUUGACGGGUUCUACGUUUGAAAAGAGACAGUCCACUCACCUACAAGUCAAGUUUUAUUAGACGUGGUGACGUUUCAAGCACGACAAUUUUCCUCAACCUACAAAGUCGCAAUCUUAAAAACCCACAAUCCAUCUUCACCAACUCUGACGACACAUCACAACAGUUAUCCACGAUAAAAACACUUUGAUCAGAAUUAAUAUCGUAAUAAAUCUAUCACCUGUAUGAAGGUAAAUCGACCAAAGUUUAUUUGUAAACUUGAAUCAGCUUGUUUCAUAUAAUUUACAUCAUGUCAGUUUUUUAGAGACAUUUUUCUAGAUAGAUUCUCUAUUGUGUGCAUGGAAAUAAAUGAUAAUGUUUCUCCGUU